AUGAACGUCGGCCAAAGAAAUCGAGCAGUAGGUGCAACAGCACUCAAUGACCGCAGUAGUCGAUCUCACAGUUGUUUAACUGUUCAUGUCCAAGGAAAGGAUUUAACUACCGGAAAUGUUCUUCGAGGUUGCAUGCAUCUUGUUGAUUUGGCCGGAAGUGAGAGAGUCGACAAAUCGGAAGUUACGGGGGACAGGCUAAAAGAAGCUCAGCAUAUUAACAAGUCACUUUCUGCCUUGGGUGAUGUCAUAUCCUCCCUUGCCCAGAAGAAUUCACAUGUCCCUUACAGAAAUAGCAAACUCACUCAAUUGCUGCAAGAUUCACUUGGAGGGCAAGCUAAAACACUGAUGUUUGUUCAUAUAAGCCCUGAACCUGAUGCUAUUGGGGAGACAAUCAGCACACUUAAAUUUGCCGAGCGUGUGGCGACUGUAGAACUUGGUGCCGCACGAGUGAAUAAGGAUUCAUCAGAUGUUAAAGAACUCAAAGAGCAGAUUGCCAGCCUCAAGGCAGCAUUAGCAAGGAGAGAUGGCGAACCAGUUGCGAUUCAGCAGAAGCCAGGUGGCGGCAGUCCAUGUAACAUGCAGCAGCCAUCACCUUUUCAACCUAAAAACACAGCCUUGAUUUCACCAAAUGGCCUGAGAAAACCGAUGGAAGAAGUAGGCAACAUUGAGGUUAGAAGCAAUAAUACUGCAUUGAGGCAAAAGAAUCAAAACAUGGACCUUGAUGUGUUGCUCGGGAACUCCCCUACCUGGCCGCCGCUCGUUACCCUUGACCAGAACAAUACAGAAGAAGAUAGAGAAGUGGGCCCGGGCGAGUGGGUCGACAAGCUCAUGGUGAACAAGCAAGAAAAUAAUCCAAAUGGAGCUGAGGAGAGCCCCUUUAAUCAGAAAUGCUUAUUAUUGGAUUCAUCAAUGUAUAUUCUCCCUGAGAAGAAGCCGAACGGCCUAUUUUCUGCAAAUAAUCAGUUUGGUGUUAUUAAUGCUGCUGAUGAUUCGGACGAGCUUGAUGCUGGAAAUAGUGAUUCUUCCGAGUCGGAUUUGCUUUGGCAGCUUAACAAACAUUCUAAGCUUAUUAACAACAGCAUUGGUCCAAAGAUGGAGAAAGCUCUUGCAAAACAAACAAGAAGCCCGGAGCUUAGGAGCAUGAUUCCAAAGUUAGGCCCAUCGCCACUAAGGAAAGCAAUCAGUGGGGCCAGUCAAGGCCAUGCUUCGCAGAGGAUCUCGAAGCCGAUUGGUGUAAUAAAGCGUAAAAUGGGGUCUAGAAAGUAG